AUGAAUACAUUUAACCUGUUUACAAAUGCUACCAAUACGGUUGCAGAUCAAGUUACACAUGUGGCUACAAAUGUCUUAAAAGCCGUUAUACCAGAUUUUGCACUUCGGGUUCUUGAAUAUAUUUAUCCGUCAGAAAAAAUGAUCAAGCCAGUAGAGAAGUUUGAAACUUUGGCAAUUGUUUCACUUGAAGAUGCUGUAAAACCACUGAUUGAACUUGUUCCUGAGGUUUUAGAAAUGGUUACCGUCGUAAAAGAGAAAUGUGCUGAACCAAAAGAAGGUUUAACAACGGAUGAAUCUGCUGCAAUUAUGCUUUAUUCAAUGGAAUGGCAACCCAGAGAAAAAUCAUUUUAUAUUAUUCUUAACAAUACUUUACGAAGCGAAGAUCAAGAGAAAUUGAAACCUUGGGAUCUUUAUAUAAAAUUAUUUGUUACGUCACUUGAAAAAUUACCAUCAGCGUCUCAAACUAUUUAUCGAGGUGUGAAAUCGGAUUUGAGUGCUCAAUAUCCUCAAGGUAAAAUAUUUGUUUGGUGGGCAUUUUCAUCAUGUACCAGAUCAGUACAAGUACUUCAAUCGGAACAAUUUCUUGGAAAAACUGGAGCAAGAACUUUAUUUGCUAUUGAAUGUAAAGCUGGAAAGGAUAUUCGGCAACAUUCUUUAUUUCCAACAGAAGAUGAAGUUUUACUUAUCGCUGUUAGGAAAUUGCAAGUAGCCUCAUGUUUGGAUUCAGGAAAUGGUCUUUUUAUUAUUCAAUUGAAAGAAGUUGAUUCAGACCAUCCUCUUCUCGGGACUUCAACUGGAACAAAUUCAUCGGUGUCAUCGGCUUCCGGCGGGCAGUCAAACAAUGCAUCUCAUAAAUCGGAUAAUGCCACAUCACUCCCAUUCGGACUUUCAAAUAUUCAUGCACGAAAAUUUUUCUAA